AUGGAGUUUUAUUUGGAGAUUGACCCUGUUACCUUGAAUCUCAUCAUUCUAGUGGCUAGUUAUGUUAUUCUGCUUCUGGUUUUCCUCAUCUCCUGCGUGCUCUAUGACUGCAGGGGGAAGGAUCCCAGCAAGGAAUACGCUCCUGAGGUCCCUGCAGACACCCAGCCCCCGAUCCGGCUGGUGGUGAUGCAGCAGGGCUCCCCUGGCACCCGCUGGGCAAAGGACCUUGUCACUGCCUACGAGAACUCCUCUGACCUGCCAGGGAAAAGGACUACUGUUGUGUAA